UGUGAAACAGAAAACUUCAUCAAUAACAGUCUGCAACUCAUCGCCAUGGCAUCUUCUCCGCUGGCGAUUCCCGUCAAGCUUGACGCCUUCAUCUUCAACCCGGACACAUGCAAUGGGACCGAGAUAAACCAGGCCAAAAUCUCGCCCUUGACGCAGCCCAACUACAGCUACCUGCAGAUCAAAAACUUCAUGCUCCAAAACGACGUGCUGCGUCCCAUUGAGCUCCAUGCCGCCGCCCCAGCCGACCGGAACUCGCGAAUCACCGACCUUGCAACUGGCAAGACUCGCCAAGAGAGGCUGGGGGUCUACCUGCAUUGGAUGAUUCCCCGGCCCUACCGUACGGGUGCGGCGGCUACAGGGCAGGAGUCGAACCAAAGCCGCGCUCAGCGUGGCCUGUUCACUUCGAAUGUCGCCUCGGACAAGGAGGACUUGGCAACACCUCUGUUCCCCGAAACUCCGAACCGCUGGCUCGUCAUCCGCAAAAUUAUUGGCAACGUCGAGCCGGCUGAAGCUGAGGCUAGUCUUGACCCGGUCACUGCCUGGGUGAUUGAAAGUGAUUGGAUGAGAUCCAUCGACGAGAUGGACGACACAGACGGCACAAAGUACGACUUGCAGGUGGAUGUGUCACCGUAUCUGCAGACGGGAUCGACUGAUGAGCCGACCAUCAACGAGCAAGCUGAAGUCUUUAUCGGUGGUCGAAUCAAGGCAAAGGAGUGGAAUGAGAGCACAAGCCAAGCCAAAAAGCGCAUCUCCUUGGGAGUCCUGAACUCGAGCAACCAAUUGUUUCCCGAUUACAUGCCCCAUAACAGCAACGUCUUUUCGAUGCUAGACAGCUUCGAGUAUGCACCAUCAAAGUACGCCACUCGCGCCGUGGCCGACUACUACGUGCUUGGGUGGCAUGUAAACCCCGACGACGAUCUUAUGCACCUGAGUGACGACUCAGCAACCACCAGGGGUGAUCGUUUACAAGCGCUCUCUACGGCUCUCAACAAGUCCGAUGGCCCUGUCCCAGACGAGGUAGAUGAGUGGCUGAAGUCGACUAAGAGUGGCCGGGUUCUCUGUCACGGCGCCAUGUACGGAGUCCGCUGGAGUAUGAAAUGGGAUGAGAACAACAAGCCCCGCGUCAUCGCCGACGAGGUUGCUGAUCAGCUACACAUGAAGACGCCCAUCUCAGUUGGAACGACGCCACUGGACUCGCUUCUGUCAUAUGUGGCUGCUCACCAGAACGGGCCUAUCGAGGAGCUGCUCAACAACCUGAGCGCCUUGCUCCAGGCUCAGAGCGAGAGUAUCGAGAACCGUCGGGCGGGGGCUGACGAGGUGCAGAACUACAACUUUGCCAAAUUUGCAGGGGGAUCUCGAUAUGUGUUCCAGAUUGAUCCCAAGAAUCCCGCUGCGCCGCCCUCUGACGACGCAGCUGCUCUCCUGAAGAAGCUGAACGAGAGCCAGGCCUUGUAUGAUGCCUCGGCUCGACAGCUUUCCCGCGUCCAAUGGAAGCACUUUGCUCUCUGGUGGCGAUAUGUGACAGACACUGAGCGGGACCACAGCGCCGCCAAAAGACAAUACAAGAAGGAGGUUGAGGAUCUCAAUUGGGAUUGGCAUCGUUUGAAUGCGGCCCUCAACAGCCAGACGAACGCCAUACAGACGGCCAAAGACGACAUCCAGCAUAAACUCAAGCUGGAGCUCAAAGAGGCUGUUGCUCCGGUAUUCAGUCAACAGAGAGACCCUACCAUCUUUGUUGGAGGAGUGGAGGCUGGAUGGCCUACGGACUACCUCGAAAAGCUACUGGUGCGGCUGUACUCGCAGAUUGAGAAACACGCGCCGCCACCACCCGAUGAAGAAGCCGAUUAUGGGCUUCAAUGUAUCCCAGAUGCUCUACAAGACAUGGCCAAAUCACUGAUUGGCGAAUUUCUGCACUAUGAAAAGGAGCGUCCGGUAGAGGAAGCAAGUGGUGUCGUCACAUGCAAAUGCAAGUCGUGCCAGUGCGCUUGUGCACUCUCUAAGAAGUUUCUGGUCAAGGAAGAGACAAAAGAGGAAGAGGACGAAGACCAAGAGGAGGAGACGGACAAGAACGUCUUUCCACCACUCUACCAUGACGAAGAUGGUCGUGACCUUUGGAAAAACACGCAGCCGUGGUUUCCGCUCUUCAUGGAGUGGGAAGCCGAGUACUAUCACAUCGACUAUGACAAAUGGGAUAUGGAGGAGCGAGGCACCAGGUCGACGCAAGACAAAAAGUUCCGUUACACCGUGAAGCAGGACGACAAGCCCCUGUGGGAGUCCGCGAAUGACGAUCGAAGGACGAUAUCUGGCAGGAUUCUGCUACUUCCCCAGCCCGUCUUUUCGUUGGUAGGCCAGGUUGAGCGGCUCUUCACGACCGUCCCCGAAGACCAGCUGGACCCGAUCUUGCCAAAGGACGAGCGGGAGCAGGUCCUAAAGGAGCUCAAGAAGCUACCAUUCGUCUCCGCACCCCUGGACGGAUUUGCCAACCACCUCUUGACCCUGGCCGACGGCAGCCACUUGAAGCCCAACGUGCGGUAUCCCGGACAGAAGCCGGUGCCCAUGAAGGAUGCAUACGAGGACUCGGUUGCCAUUGGACUGGGGGCGGUUGAGCUUGAACGGAUGGGUGUCGAGACAGACCUCACGCCCUACGGGUCUCUUGUGAGAGUAGGGACAGUGCCGUAUUCCGUCUUCAAGCCCGCCGCCCACGGCCAGUUCAAGCUGACCAAGCUCAACAUCAUCGACAAGUUUGGACAGGCGGCCGCCGCCAUCGAUCCGAAGCGACGCCAUGAGGGACCGCCCCCCAUCUAUCCUUGCAUCAGCGAGUACUACGAGCCGCAGAUCUACGAGAAGAACGGCUACCCCAACGUCGUGGAGAAGCCGAAGAACAAGGGUGACUGUCAGUUUAUGCAGAUUCCACCCAGCAUCAACCAGCCAGCCCGGCUGAAUAUGAACUUUGUCAAGCUCGACCAUCACGAUGAUGAGUACCACUGGAGACCAAUUACAGAGUGGGAGAACCCCAUUUGGGGCUGGGUGCUGGUCAACUACGUCGACUUUGGCAUCCAGUUCUUCCUCCAUGACGGCACCUUUUACCGCGAAGUCCGACUAGCCGCUCCCAAUAACCCCAACAAGGGUACGCAAGCCACGGACAAAUGGCUUCCCUUCAAGCCCCCCGUGGACCCCCAGGAGAUUCGACAGCUGGACCACUUGAUCGAGCAGUUUUCGGGCGAGGGCGGGCGGGACUAUCUCAACGGCUUCAUGGACAUGGCUACGCAAGCCACGCGGAACGCCAGCACCGUUCCGGGCGCUUAUGCGCAGUGCGUCAACUCGCUAAUUGGGCGGCCGCUAGCUCUUGUGAAUGCAGGAAUCUCGCUCGAGCUGUCGGCAGAUGCUCGCACCAACCAGUCCACCCUCGGAGACCAGCCAUCGAAGCGGCCCCCAUACACCCUACUACCAGACCCGCAUCCUGACACAAAGCAGUACGAGUUCUCCAUCAAGCUUGGAGAUGCAGCUCGGCCCCACGACGGAUUGGUGGCGUAUUUCCGAGCUCGAGACAGCCCACUUCCCGAGGACGAGUUGAAGCUGGACCAGCUGUUUACCUCGUUCAAGCCUGCUAGUCCUCAUGACAAGUCGGACAAGAUCAAGCCUAUCGACACAGAAACGUUCCUCCGGCUCAAGCCAUUCUGGCUCAACCCCAAUGACUACAGUGCCCAGAAGGGGCCCCAGGCAAAGGAGGUGGAGGAGGUAGAGGAGGAAGACGAGGAGAGCAAAUACACCCCACAGGAAAAGUUCACCAUCGACCACAACAAGAAGCUGACAGUCGUCGGCCUCCUCAUGGAUCCUUUCACGCCCGUGAACGCCUACUCAAGCAUCCUGCCCGUUGAGCCUCUGGCGCUAUCAACUUGGACGUGGGAGUCAGCUUUGAAGAACAUGACGGCCUUUUUCCACUUUGGGCCGCUGAUGGUGGAGAAGGACGUCCCGGUAUACAAUCCGGAACGCAUCCUUCUGCCCAACUAUGACUUGGAGAAGCUGAAGGAGCAGAAGAUUGAGGUCAAGUUGCCCUCACUGGCUGUUGCAGACUGGAGCUGGCUGCAACCCUAUCUGGACCCCGAGUCUACCAGGCAAAGUAGUGACGACGAUGAGGAGGUUACGGACGAGGUGUACAUGGCUCUGCGCCUAGGAAAGAUUGAUCCCGUUCCGCAGUUUGCGCCGGGCCCUUUGACGGCGCUUGAAGGAUUCCUGCAGAUGGUUCAUCCUAUCACGGCGCCGGAUGUUGAAGGUGACAAGAAACAAGCUCGCUAGGCGCUGAUAAGUUGCGGGGGAGAG